AUGGUUCGGUCGAAGGUUAAAUAUGAGUUCGUUUUGGACGAGCGCACACGUCGCGAGACAUUCAAAAAGAGAAAGACUGGUUUAUUGAAAAAACUGAAUGAACUGGGAACUCUGUGCGACGUCGAAGCGUGUGGAGUUAUCAUCAAUGGCGAGGGGACCCAGUUAGAAACAUGGCCUUCCCCAAGUGAAGCAUCCACAACAAUCCAAAAGUUCUUAGAUCUGCCAUCUUCUUCCCACACAAACCAUCGGGUUGACCAAAUUGGAUUUCUUAGGCAGAAUUUGUCUAGGUUAUCCAAGAACUUGGAUAAAGAGACCCAAAAAGUACACUCCUUGGAGAAGGAGUUAUUCUUGGCUGAGUCUGUGGCAAGACAAGAGGCGAAUGUGAACAAUCCUUAUGAAUUGCACGAUAUGGUUCAUUUUCUGGAGAAAAAGAUUAGAAUGAUCGAAUGCAAGAUAAUCGAGAAUGAGACUUGCAGCUCUAAGAUGGUUAUAGGUGCAAAAAAGACAGAUUAA